AUGGGGUGUGCACCGUCUCACAGUGAAAUAAUCCAACACCUCGCAAAAAACACCUUGAGACCUCUAAAGAAAUCCACGGCCCAAGGGUCAGCAGACAGGACACACACUGAGAGCCGAAACCACUCAGUCAGCGGAGGGUCAGGCAACUCCGACAGUGAAUCCUCUGAGAAUGAUCAGGAGAAUGCCAUCCAGCUGAGAGAUAAAGAGGACCAGCACCACAUGGAAAGGAGCCAUUGCCAGAACCUGCCUGGGUCAGCAGUGCCUGCUCGAACACCCAAACUUUACAAUGAGGAAACAAAGAGAGAAAAAUUGGCAGCCGGUACCAAGGUGGCAGUGUCAGAGGUUAUAGUUUCGCAGAAGUAUGUACCUCGGGAAUUUGCUGAACAGAAACAGCAUGCACACAGCGUCAGCGACUUGGCUCAGCAACCCAAGAGAAGCAGGAAACAAAAAGGCCACCAGAGCCCCAAGCAGGUCAAGAGCACCAAGUGGAGGGAAAAGAGUCUUUCUCAAUCAGCGGACAAAGAGAAAGUAGAUUUUCCCACCUCCCUGGUUAAUGCCCACCAAGCCGCAUACGCUUACCUUAACCCCUGCCUUUCCAAGUACGAUGCAGUUUUGAGUUUAAUUGAGCAGGCCGCACACACUCAACUAAUUCUCCAGCAGAUGGUGAGCUUUCUAACACUGCGCUUUGAGGAGGUAAACUGCAUCCUAGAGGAAAUAGCUGGUGAAGGUGAAAGGCUAGUGAAAGAUGUUGGAACUCAGCUUGCAUGGCCUGCUGGGAUAGCAGCCCCACAAGAACAGCCCGAUCUCCUGCAACAACUGCUGUUGUACACUGUCAACAAGAUGCAGGAAACCAAUGGGACAGUAACCUCCUUGACGGCCUCAGCCCUGCAAGAAGCAUGCAGAUACCUGCAUUCUGCCACGGACACUUUCCAUAACAGGCUCACAGUGAAACAGGAAGUAGACAAGCGGUUGCAAAGAAUGAUAGCUCAAUUGGAGGCCUGCGCACGGCAACAACCUCAGAGCAAACACAGAGACACGGCCCUUCAUUCAGAGGACAGUGGCAUUGGAGGAGAUACCGAUUCCAUGAAAGAAUACUGGAACCCUGAGAAAGGUGGAAGGCGUACAAGUUCAGAGUCCAAUGCAUAUCUCUUAAGCAGAGAUUCUCAUUCGCACCCUUCACAUAGACAAGCAAGCCUUUCUCACAUAGCAAGCUGUACUUCAAAAUCGUAUGACAAUACUGUCGAUCAUCAAUUAAAAGGCAACUUUUACUCGCCUCAUGAUACAUCCUCUGUAUCAAUCCGUACAUCUCAACAUGCACAUAUCCAGAACAGAUCAUUCAGUUCUUUUGAGUCAGUAACAAGCACGGACUGCGAGACACUUAUUCGAACAGAGUCAAUGGAUUUCUGCUCCCUGGGUGAAGAGGACAAUGAGGAACGCAGUUUAGACAUAAUUGUUGAUGGGACACCUCAGCAGCCCAGAUCAUCCCCUCCAGAAAGUGAAGCUGUGCGGCCUAUUCCAAAAAGGAUCAACAUCCCUGAGAACGAAGAAAUGACCUUUAAGAUGAAAGAUGCCAUUAGUGACAAAAUCCAGUUUGUCCCAAUCAACUCGGGGUCGAAUGCUUGGUCAGACGAAGAGAGCAAAUUGCUCCCAGUCAGACCAAGUACUGCCAAGGGCUGCAAAAUUCGUGUCGUCAAAAAGCGGCGAUCAAAGUCCGCAGAGUCACUAAAAAGCAAGGCAGAGGAUCCGACGCUGCUGGAGCUUCAGAGAACUCAAAAGGAUCUGAGCAGGAGGCUGGAGAAGAUGCUGCAGCCCAAAGGUGCAAACAACAAGGGUGGCUUUGAACAGAGGAAGACACCAGGAAUGCCAAAGCUGCCAACCAGUCUGCCUGGCACAGGUCAGGCAGCGCCUAGAAACAAGCUGAAAGCCUCCCUCCACAGCAACUUUAGUAUCCUGCCCAGUCAGGAGAAGAUGAGUCUCAGGAAAAUUCCACCUGGGUCGUGCUACCAGACCCAGGCGCAAAACCAAACUGAGACCCAAACCCAGGCACAGCAGACCCAGACCCAGAGCCAGAACCAGGGUCCAGUGCGAGGAAAGAACCAUAUCCAGGCCCAAGUCCAGAACCAUACCCAGAUCCAGUCUGAGCACCAAGCCCAGGAUCAGACACAGGAGUCCCAGACCCAGUUCAAGGCCCCAGUCCAGACUGAGGCCCAGGCCCCUGCCAAAAUAAAGCGGGCGCCACCCUGUCCUAUUGCCACUCGCCUGCAACGGACAGGAGUGCAAGGACUGAUCACCACCUUCAGCCAGGGAAGUGCCGGCCUGACAACCAGGGAUGCCCCUCUCCUUCCCCAGGGGGGCUUCACUCCCGACCUGGAAACAGGCAGCCGGGUAGCCGGGCGGGUGAUGAGUAAACUGGCCCCAGGAGGAGCCAGUUGGAGAGGAUCCAUCACCAGCAGCUCUCGCAAGCUGCAGCCUGGAGCCAUGACAGCCGGUGACCAACCCUGGCUGCAAUACAAAAUCAUUAACCUCCGCUACGGCGGGGCCUCCUGUAGCCCCCAGGAAAAUGGAGCGACCCCCGAGUGCCCUCCCGAGCCCAGCAGACCAGGCCCCCCGCCCAAGGCCACUUCAUCCCUCGACGAAGCAGUGGCUCCAUCCACACUCUCCCCACACUUCGGGCGGGGAGGAUUGUCCUCCCCCCCAUUCUGCCGAGGCGCAACGGGAGGCCCAGCUCCCAAUCCUUCACCUCCCACCUCGAGAAAGGCCUUCCCCAGUCCCACCCUGCCAUCUCGAAACCUCUACAUUCCAGUGGGUUACACCGCGCCCUCUGUCUCCAGAAAGAGAUGGCCAAACACGAAAUGGGGCUCUGAACAACCGAACCUACCAGCCUCUCCAGACGAACCGAGCUCCUCAGUUAGCCUCAGGAGUUCAAGGCCCCCUUCUGUUCCGGUUAAACCGUCCAACCUCGCGACAGACCAUCAACCGUCCAACCUCGCGACAGACCAUCAACUGUCCAGCCUCACGACAGACCAUCAACUGUCCAGCCUCGCGACAGACCCUCAACCGUCCAGCCUGGCGACAGACCAUCAACUGUCCAGCCUCGCGACAGACCCUCAACCACCCAGCCUCGCGACCGACCACCAACUGUCCAAUCUUGCAACAGACCAUCAACCACCCAAUCCCCAGGCCCAUCGUCAACCACGGAGCCCCCUGACCCAUCGCCAACUGCCCAGCCGUCAAGCCCAUCACCAAGUGCCCAGCCACCCGGUCCAUCGUCAACCACCCAGCCCCCCGAGCCCCCCGGUACAUCAUCAACCACCCAGCCCCCCGACCCAUCGCCAAUUGCCCAGCUCCCCGGUCCAUCGUCAACCACCCAGCCCCCUGACCCGUCGCCAACUGCCCAGCCCACCGGUCCAUCGCCAACUGCCCAGCCCACCAGUCCAUCGCCAAUUGCCCAGCCCGCCGGUCCAUCGCCAAUUUCCCAACUCCCUGGCCCAUCGCCAACUGCCCAGUCCUCCGGCAGCAGUCAAUAGCGCCCCUCCGCUUGAGAAAACACCCCUUGACCGCACCGAGAAACCGGGAUCCAAUGCCUCAUCCAUCUUCUGCCCGCUCUCCAAAUCCAUCUUUGAAUCCCAGGCCCCUUCACCACCUGUGGGCAGAGUGAAUGCAGCAGCUCAACCACAAAACAUCGUGCCGGGGGACAGGAGCCCAUUCACACCUAGAGCUACAUGGAAGAACAAAUUCACAGUCAGGCAGCUGGGCGACAGGCCGAGAAGGUUGACCUUGAGUGGUGUCCACCCACAACCUUUUGUUAAGAAGAGUCACCUUCCAGACUUUAAAACUGCAACUCAGAGCCAAGUGUCUGCAACUGGUUCAGCUGCAAGUGAACCGACUCUACAUAGCGUUGGUUUAGGUGGGAGCUUUGAGAAAGAUGAUGAUCCAUGGACAAGGCAUUACGUGUCAGAGAUGAGAGGGGCUAGCCGUUCAAUCUCCCACCCAGAACUGUGUAUCGUUGGCCAGGGGCUUCAAUGA